AGACCAGCCCAAUCAAAUGCAGCCGAAUAGCCGAUACAUAAAACUACGAUAAUACACUUUCUAGCACCUUUUUUACUUAGUUACGUUUAAAAUGUACAAAUAUGUGGUAUUAUUAUGCCUGGUGAUUGGAACUUCUGCAAUCUAUCCAUACUUUGAUACUCAGGAUUUCAUUUACAACGUCCCAAAAGUGUAUAGGAUAUCGCUUACUCUUGACAAACUAUUGGAAUACUACGAAAAGAAGCCUUCAAAAGAUCCUGAAUGGUACAUAUCUUUGGGAUUAGCUAGAGGAACUUUGGAAUACACAAUAAAUGAACUGGAUAAAUCGGUGCCGGAGAAGCUCAAGGAAAACUUACAGAACAUCACCAGACGUAUGGAUAGAAUUAGAAACAGCACCGACCUCAGCAAAAUGGUUUAUCGCAGUAAGGACUACGAAUAUGUUGCGAAAGUAAUAUUUGAAAACUUGGAGAUACUGUCGACGAUAAUGGAGCCGCUAACUCUCGGCACGAUGGGCACGCAGAAACCUUACCGUUUUGACUUCGAACAGUACGUCCAGGAAGCGAGGACUAAAAUGCCGACCAGGAAAGUUGCAGAUGUCUGUAUGAUGCAGUUGCUCAUAUCCGCCAUGGAGACUCAGAGUAUGCAGGGUGACGAAGCCUGUGAGCUGACGGCGGAAUGUAAGGCGCAGAUAUUUGACGGUUCCGGUCUCGCCUACCAACAGACCAGCAGAGUCCGCGCAAUGGUCCUAGCGCGCCUCUUCGGUUGUAUGGAAAACGUGGACAUAUCCGCGAAGAUAUACAAGCUAUGUAUACAAAUAUACAAGGAAACCAAAUCGUUGGAGAGAUGGGACCAUCCUCCUGGCACGAGGACGCUGUUCAUGCAACAGAUCGCAUUAUGCGCAUCUCAAGGAUACGGCGAGUUCAUAAAGCCGAGGUGGAUGAACAAGAUAAUAUCCUGGCAGGAGCCCAAGGGCUGCUACUCCGAUGAUCGUCAGCCAUUUCUCAAGUUGACUGGCUUUGUUGGUCCCACUGCUGCUGCACCACCGAAAGACAGAGAGGAGCAAUACCGCGUGAAGAAAGUAGCGUCAUCCGAAGGUGGUACUUGCAACUCUCUGUCGUCAGCGAUGGCGCUGCAAAGUCUAGUGAUCUACAUGCGGGCGCUCAUGGAAACUGAUCAGGCCUUCCAGUAUGACGUCUUGGAAUAAACUGUAUUUGUAAAUUGUUGAGACAAAAGUUUUUUCGUCUAGUA